AUACCAUCAAUGCCACACAGUGCGCGCGCUGCCGUUGUGGAUGCUUUACUGGAGGCGAGAAGGACUAAAAACGCAACAUGUCCCAUCAGUUAGAAACAGCAUCUCAGUGAGGAUCUGAAGCUUACAAGUCGGUUUACACGCUGGAGGCGAGAGAAAAGUUUUCUUCUGUGUGUAAUUAAGGGAGUUUUUGUUCUAAACCAAAAUCAUGUUCACAACCUACAUAAAGAGUCUGAAUGAUAUGGUAUUUUCUACGUCUGAGACCCCCGAAGAGCAGCCAAGUACUGGAGUUCUGGGUCGUAUUGGCAGCUGGUUCUCUCCGUGGAGGGGAAAGCCACCAAAAAGUUCCUCUGAAAAUGAUUCCCCAACUAGCGAUCUUAAAUCAGAGGCAGAAGAGGCGAGUGAGGAGUUUGUGAGACCUCAGGCAAGGGGACAACAGUGGGAGAAGGAGGAGGAGGAGAAUCCCAAUCCACUGGGUCUCUUCAGAGACGUUUUCCCCAGUGAAGACGAGGACGCCACGCAGUCUGCCCACAGAGUCGGCUCUGUUGUGAGCAGCACUCAGACACGAGAAGGAGGUCCAAGAGAGGAGGAGCCUGCAGAGAGCAGGAAGCAGAGAACAGGGCAGGGCAAGGAGAGGGAGGAGAGCAGCAACGGUGCUUCAGCGAGUGGGAAUCCUGAAAAGAAUGCCAGUCAUCUGACACAUCUCUCCUUCACUUCUAAACAGGGAGUGGUAUGGGACUCUGACCAGGCCAACACCCCGCCUCAGGCCCAGAGACAAGCCCAUACCGGCAAGAGGCUCCACGUGUACCUGGAGGAGACCAGCGUAACUCACUGCGGCAACGACAAACUUGCCGGUCAGGAAGUUGUCUGCAAAACACUCACAAAAAGCCUACAGGUCCUCCCCAAGGCAAAGUCAUUGACAAGAUUAGAUGUACCAAAUAGCUCAAGUGCAGAGCACGAAAGGACAGAUGUGGGGCCUGCUGCUGGUGCACAGAGUUACUACAGCGCUGUAGUGGGAGUGUCACUGAAAUCACACAAAGCCUCACAGUUAGAGCCUGAACCUGCUGGAGAACAAACAGAGGCCGACAACAUGGGGCGUAAAAACGCAUCCAGGAGGAAAGUCAGGAAGAACUCUCAGGGAGAUGGAGGGAGUAGCCCUCUGGAGAAAGUGCCCCCAAAAGAGCUGCCUGGGGCGCAGGGAAAACCUACAUCCAAUAACUCAGUCAGCAGUCCCCAGGGCAAAAGUCCAAAGACUCACAUGAGAGAGGCAUCUGCAGGCUCCUCCUCCAAGCCUAACCCCUCCUCACAGGCCUCACCUGAAGGAGGAGGAGGAGGAGGAGGAGGAGGGCAAAGUAAGAUUUCCUGCCCCGCGACGGUCAGGCAGUUGGACAACUUCCAGGACUCAAAAUCAGUCACUGCAGAGACUCAGGCAUGUGUGGCGGAUGGUGGCGCAGACAUGGAGGACGAUGACAGCUUUUACAAAGUGGAACGGAAGACGGAGACGCCAGAGUCCAAACGCAGGAGUCUGAAGGUUUCCCGGAGCGAGGUGAAGCUUUUUCCAAAACAUGUGCCUUUCAAUCCUAAAGAAAGCCUCGUGGAGGAACACCGGGAAUAUAACGCAGCUUCACGGGACACCAAGGAUGAAGCAAAGGAUGAGUCCAAAACAGAGACUGAUUCCCGAGUACGCGGCCAGAAGACAGCGGAUGAGGCGCCAAAGCAAGUCGUUGGCCGGAUCAAAGAUAAGAUCAGCCUCUUUGAGCAGCAGCGACCCGCUGGGGGCAACAAGCAGACCUUCCGAACCCCGAGGAGCGCCGAUGCCUCUCCAGCCAGAAACGCAGCCGACAAGUUGAAGGCAGAGUUUCUGUUGUCAGAACAGAGGUCCAGAUCGGCCGAGCGUUACGGCCAGUUCCGGUCCAGCUCUGCGUCACCUGCCAGGGAGAAGCCGAUGUCGAUCAAGGAACGAGUGCAGAGGUUUGUAGAGGCGUCUGGGUCGGAUUCUAAACCGGCGCUGCCUAAAACACCAGCCACGAAAGGAAUGUCUCGAAAACCCACCUCAUCUGCUGCUGCAUCGGAGCCACCAGAACUGGACAGUCAGGGUAAACUGGAUGCGAAAGAGCAGAUAAAGAAGAAACCAGUGUCUGAGGCAAAGUCAAAACCAGAAGAACGAGAUACCACUGCUGUCGGGGUACAGAUUUCCACUCCUAAGGAACAAAUAACAGACUCAGAAACCAAGCAAGCAGCAGCGAGCUCAGAAGCAGCACAUAAGGACACGAAACCUAACAGCGUUCAAACAGAUGCUCCAGCUGAAGAGCCGGGUGAUUCCGCAGAACAGAGCGGUGAUAUUAGCCCUCACUCGAAAGCCCCGAGCAGAACAGGCUCCCGCUCGAAAAAAAGGAAAGGCAAAGAACCAACCAGUCCCAUCAGCCCCAGCAAUCAAAACAAACCCGAGUGCUCGAGCAGCAAGCCAAAGGUCACUGAGAUAAAACAAGAGCAGGUGGAGGAAGCAGGGGAGAAUAAAUCUACCUCCAAACAACUUGCAGAAAACAUCUCAUUACCAUCUAAUAAAGUCCAAGGAAACGCGACGGACAAACAGCCGACGAGCGACACCAAACAGAAAGCGUUUAAAAAGGAAUCGGAGGCAUCGGACAAACACGAGAAACAGCCAGAUGCUUCAUUUAAAAACAAGAAUAUUGACAAACCAAUCAGCGGAAAGGAGGGAUUGCCUGAACCGUCUGUCAACAAAGAUGAACCCGAUACCGCUGCUGCUUGUAGCGCUGGAACAAAGAAGCCUAUUGACAAGGAUUCCGUUAUUUUACCUCAAAAGGAGGAAAAAGCAGAGGAACACAGCCUCGUAUUCACACUGGAAGGAAAAAAGGCCUCUGAGGACAGCAGAGAAACUUCAGCCUCCUCCCCCUCACCUUCGCCUGAAAAACCCACGGAGAAGUCUCCUGCAGUGGGGAAGGAUCCACCUGUUGAACAUCCCAAAUUAGAGAAACAAGUGCCAAUAAAACCUGAGUCAAAAAGCAAAGCGAAAGGAGAGAAGCCCAAUAAAAAGGAAGCAGGGCCAUGCAAGGACACGGGGCCAAUAAAUCAGGCUGAGAGUAAAGAGGUGGAGAAAUUAGACAAAGCGUCGGGCAAAACAAACAAGCAGACUAAAGAAGAAGGCAAAGAAAAAACCCAGCAGCCUCUGGCUUCAGAUGAAAGUACAACAAAGGGCAAAGUUUCAGGCAUCUCAGGGAAAGAGGGGAGCGCUGCAGGAAAAGCUGAAAGACGUGAGACACAGCCGGUUAAAGACACGACAACACCAAAAGCCAUCCAAGCGGGGUCUGCGUCUGACUCUUCAGAGAAGGCCGGCGGAUCAUCAGGCGUUCCUGUUCAAACACAACGUGUGAGUAACACAGAGACCGCACAUCCAGAGAAGGCUGCUGCUGUACCUGCUAUCAGCCAGACUAAUGAGGCUGUGAGGAGCGCUAAGAGUGAUAAAGGGCCCGAAGCAGAGACGGCUACAAAUGUGCCUCCGGAGCUGCAAACACAGCCGACAGAAAGCCCUGGAACAAAAACAGAGCCAGUGGUGAUUGCAGCAGAACCACAGCCUAAUUCUGUAUCUGUGGAAAAAACAGAGAGUUCACUCGAUGACUCAUGUACACAUGGAGCUAAUGAUGCAGCGCCGUCCAGCUCCAAGCCUAUUACCAAAGCACCUACAGCAGCAGAGGAAGUGAGUGUAAAAGUGGCAGAGGACAGUCCGAACGCUGCACAGACUGACGUGACGAGUAAGGAAAAGAAAGAGCCGUCGGUUAAAAAGGCUUCUCCUCCUGUUUCUGCCUCUGCAAGCACAGAGGGAGCAGGACGGGAUCACCGGGGAAAAGGUCCAGCUGUCAAACCGGUGCCCUCAGAGGUCAAAAUCUCAGGAGACAUAAUGAGACCAGCUUCUAGCCACCCACAAACUGAGGCCCUAAAAAAUAAAGAGGGCACGAGUAAUGCUGCUCCGGUCAAGGAUGCAGAAAGAAUGAGUCACAGCCCGUCUAGCAGGACUGCUUCAAGCUCAGCAGUCAAUGCAGCGGAGAAGUCAGCUGAGAAAACACUCAAUGUGCCCGUCAAUGAACUUUCGCUUGUCGGUAAUGGCGAUAAUUCAACACGUUCAAAACAGGAACCAGUCAAUAUCAAGCCGAGUCAGACUCAGAAAGCACCAGCUUCCCCAGAGGCUAAUAAGCUGCACUCAGACACAAUCCAGCGUUCACCCAUGAAGAAGCUCCAUUUGCCACGGGGGCUUAGCAAAGAUGAUUCCUCACAGCGGCAAGACGCCCCCUCUAGCUGGCUGGAUGUGGACUUUCCCAAAAAGAAACUUAGAGUCCCAGAGGGAAAACUGAAGGCGUCAGGAAGUGAGAGCAAUCUUCUCGACACCUCUGCUGAUCUGGAUGACGAGGAUUUCAUUGAGAAAAUCAAGAACCUGUGCGUCCCGUUCUCCCUCCCGCCGCGUAAACACAACCACCUUCGGCCUCCUCAGCCCCCCUUUGCAAUGCCGGCCAUUCGAGAGGACCGCUUCGAGAAGACGUUUGACCCUGAGGAGUUCACGUUUGGCUUGAGGAAGAAGGCUCUUAACACCAUAGAAACAACCCCGAGCAUUUUAGCCAAUAUCCAGCACAAAGACACAAUAGCGGGCCUGAAGCCUGCCAGGGCGAGUCUGGCUGACAGGAGCAUGCUGCUCAACAGUCUGGACACUCACUCUCGUCUCAGGGAGAAGGUUCCCAUAAAGGAUGAGGAGGACGCAACGGAGGAGAAGAAUGAUCAGGUCAAGGUGAAGUCUCGCUUGGAGAGGAGCGGCAUCCUCAGCAGCCUCUCCUCCUUCAACUUUAGAGGGAAGAGGAACGGAGCUGAGGCGCCGGCGGAGGGCACCGGCUCUGGGAAUGUGUCGCCCAGCGAAGCCGCCCGGCUCAGCCCUUCAUCUUCAUCCCAGUCGCCCUCUCCCAGCCCGACUGCCUCAGCCCCAAUCAAAGACAUAAUGCCUAAGCAGAGUGCAGAGGAAGCGCCGGAUGCUGAGGUUGUGGUCUGUGACUCAGGUCCUCCACUUCCGUCUUUUAACGACAUCAAGCUGCCCGACUAUUUAGAGAAGUACCUCCCUCGAGAUCAGGCAAAACCAGUGCAGAGCGUGCAAGGACAGGAGCAAGUCAAACCGGAGUUAACAGGAAACAUGUCAGCUCCUGUUGCUGGAGGUGAAGCCGAGCCGGCUGUGAAACCAGCUCCGGUGCUUCCUAACGCCAAGGCUCCGUCUUUUCCUGGGAUCCCUCCAACCACAAACCCAGCGCUCCCCGAAGUUAAGCAGCCUCCGGCGCAGCCACAGGGGAUACUUAGAAGUAAUAUAAGAGCCGUCAAAGGAUUUCACAAGCGUCCCGGAAAGAUGGUGUUGUUUGAAAAAGCUCAGUUCAGCGGCCAAGCAUAUGAGAUUUACAGGGAUGUAGCAGAUGCUACGUCUCUGCAGCUCUCGCCUCUCGUAUCUGUGAAGGUCGUUAGAGGAUGCUGGGUGCUCUACGAGAAGCCCGACUUUCAGGGACGCACCAUCGCCUUGGAGGAGGGGAGCCUAGAACUGGCAAACGUGUGGGCCGAGCAGGAGACGCAGGACGAACCGCACAACAGCCCGCCGAUGCAGAUCGGCUCCGUCCGGCUCGCCGUCGAUGAUUACAGCAUCCCUCAUAUUGAUCUGUUUUCUGAACCGGAGGGCCGCGGCAGAGUGACGCCGUACCACGACGAUGCAAUAGAAACCGGUUCAUUCGGCAUGCUGCAGAACACGGCUUCCAUCCAAGUGCACUCCGGGGUGUGGCUGGUGUUCAGUGAUCCGGGCUUCCAGGGCAUGAUCGCUGUGCUGGAAAGGGGAGCGUAUCCUUUCCCUGAGACCUGGGGCUUUCCGUCCCCCUUCGUGGGAUCUCUAAGACCACUUAAGAUGGGUGGCUUCAAAGUGGAGAAUCCGAAUGAAGUCAAGGCUGUGGUGUACGAGAAGCCCGGCUUCGACGGCUCCUGUAUGGAAAUCGACGGCGACGUUUUCAGCUUUGACGAGAACGAAGGAGCGAUUUCUGCAGACGAAGAAAACCUCGACUCAAAGAAACUGACGUCUGUGGCUUCUCUGAAGAUCACCGGAGGAUUCUGGGUCGGCUACAGCGAGCCCGGCUUCGAGGGUCAGCAGCACAUCCUGGAGGAGGGAGAAUACCUGGACUGCAGCGCGUGGGGCGGCUCGGAGCUGCUGUCACUGCGACCGAUUCUUUCCGAUUUCAUGUCUCCACACCUCAAAAUGUUCAGCGACAGAGAUUUCGGCAAGCUGGGAGUAAACGUCGACGUCACAAUUCCUGUUAUUAACAUGGAUGACACGGGCUACGGCAUGAAGACGCAGUCUGUCGACGUCGCCGGUGGCGUCUGGGUUGUGUUUGAAGAGCCGGGUUUCUGCGGCGAGUCCUACGUCCUGGAGAAAGGCCUGUAUGGAAGCCCGGAGGACUGGGGGGCGCUGCAGCACAGAGUCGGCUCAACGAUGCCCGUCUUGCUGGAUGAUUUCGAGAACACGGCCAAGUUCAAGGUGCAGCUGUUCUCCGAUGCAGGGUUUCAGGGCUCCGCUCUCACUCUGGAGGACGGCGUGGCCUCGCUGCCGGACGCUUUCUCUGUGGCCUCAUGCAAGGUCCUGGCUGGCAGCUGGCUGGCGUUUGAGGGGAAGGACUUCGCUGGCAAGAUGUACGUGUUAGAAAAGGGGAACUACCCGGACCUGAGAGCGAUGGGCUGCGUCGGCGCCAGCUCCUCCAUCCUGUCACUGCAGACUGCUGGCUUUGAGUUCUCGCUGCCGUCCAUCACUCUCUUCGAGCGGUGCGGCCUGCGUGGGAAGAGGGUGGUUCUGACGGACGGAUCGGUCAACCUUCAGCUGGCUGGAGGCUGCGGCCGAGUCCAGUCUGUGCUGGUGGAAGGGGGCAUGUGGGUGUUGUACGAGGGAAUCAACUACCGCGGCGCUCAGAUUCUGCUGAAACCUGGUGAGGUGCCCGACUGGCACGAGCUCAGCAGCUGGCAGAAAAUCGGAUCCCUGCGCCCUCUCAUACAGAAGCAGGUGCACUUCCGUCUGAGGAACCAGCAGACGGGGCUGAUGAUGUCGGUGACCGGCGAUUUGGACGACGUCAAACUGCUGCGGAUCCAAGAGACAGAGGAGACGGACGGUUUUGAGCAGAUUUGGUUCUACCAGAACGGACAUCUGCACUGCAAGCUGCUGGAGGAAUGCUGCUUAAGUCCCAGCGGCAGCGUCACGAUGGCGGGCAGCCGCGUAGGUCUGACGCCAGAGCCGGACAACCAAGCCAACCUGUGGAGCAUCACCCCCGACGGCUUCAUCCGCUACACCCUCACCUCUGACCUCGUCCUGGAAGUCAAAGGCGGCCUUCACUACGACAAAAACCAAGUGAUUCUGAACACGUUUGAUCCGAACAAACUGCAACAGCGGUGGAACGUGGAGAUCAUAUGAACACACGAGCUGCUCAACUGGAUCCCCGAUGUUCAGAGUCGGAGGGACGGCGCCGUCGGAGAGUCGAGCGUUCGGGGACGAGGCGCGUCGUCGUCGGAGCUGCUCGACGUUUCUGCCGCGGAGGGAACGACGUCCAAUGAAGAGGUCAACUCGGAGAGAGAGGAAUGAUUUCGUCAGAAUGUAUUACGACCCUCUGAAUAUACAACCAGCGGGUUCUCGAACUUGAAACGCUUCUUAUUUUACACUUCCAGUAAUAUAGCUUUAAGGUUUAUAUAUUUUCGUUGAAUAAAUCUAUUUCUACGCGAUAUGAAUUAACUUAAACAGUGUUAACACGUCUUCGUACCUUUUUAUCUUUAUGUCGUACAGUUCAUAUCGUCUGACUUCCCGGCUGCAUGCAACAUGAGCAAAGAAAAAAAUACUGUAUCGCUUGUGUCUUUUAUUUGUGUUUAAUCAAAACUAUACAGCACAGACUCAUUUUGUUCUCAGAAUAACAAAAGUAUUUUUGUCAAUAAAUUUCUUAAAUACA